AUGGCAGCGAUCAUCGUUGCCUGCGUCGGCAUGCUCGGAACGGUCGUCGUCGCCGUCGUCUUCUUCGUGCACUGGCAGACGCCGCUGAUCAAAGCUAGCGGCCGCGAGCUGAGCCUGCUGCUGCUCGCGGGAAUCUUCCUGUCGUACGCGGCGACGAUCGUCUUCACGGCGCGGCCGACGCGCGGCGGCUGCGCGCGCACGCGCUUCUUCACCGGAUUCUCGUACACCGUCGGCUACGCCGCCAUCUUGGUACGGACCAACCGCAUCGCGCGCAUCUUCAACGCGACGCACGCGGCGGCGAAGCGCACGCGCUGCACGAGCCCACGCUCGCAGCUCGUCAUCUCCAGCAUCAUCAUCGGCGUCUACCUGCUCAUCUGCGCCAUCUGGCUGGUGAUGGAGCCGCCCGCAGUGACGCACGUGCCGUAUCCGACGCGCGCCGACCAUCUGCUGAUCUGUCGCGGCGCCGACGGCGCCAGCUAUCUCGUCGGGUUCACGUACCCGUUCCUGCUGAUAAUACUCUGCACUGUAUUCGCCUUCAAGACGCGCAAGUGUCCGUCCGGCUUCAACGAGACGCGCUACAUCGCCUUCACGAACUAUACGACGUGCGUCGUGUGGCUGGCCUUCAUGCCGAUGUACUUCGCGAAUCCGAGCAACUCGAUACGCGUCGUCACGCUGUGCUUCGGCGCUACCAUGAGCGCCACCGUCGCGCUCUUCUGCCUCUUCCUCACGAAACUCUACGUCGUGUUGCUGCGGCCGGAGAAGAACACGAAGGAGAGCGUCAUGUCGGUGAGGCGAACCGGAUCGUCCUACGCCGGCAGCAAUCCGAACCUGUUCGGACUCGAACCGCAUCAGUUACCGAGUCGGAACAAUACAGGCGAUGGAACGGCAGUGUGUGUUUGCGGGAAACUUCGCGCGUCGCUGCCCUCCUUGCAGCCGCUCACGCCCGAGCCUUCAUUCCGCCGCAUCAAGUCGGAGAUUUACGCUCCCAAAGUCACCUUUACCAUAGCUGACAGUGACAUAUGUUCAUCGAACGGCAACAUACUGAACCUUUGCAAAGAGGUCACGUCGUUGGAUGACUCGACUGAAUCAGACGGCAUCGGCUUCAACACCACUAAGUUGACUGAACUCGACCUAUCGGAUUCCGUCCAGUUCUGACUGUGGGGAUAUGGGACCACGACCUGAUAGCAGAUGCAGUCUAAAGCUGACUUUCUAUAUUUUGUGACGCCGAGAGAUGCGCUUCUCUUGUUUUUCAACAAGACAUUGCCUUUGUAAACAACUCAACAAGCACGCCAGUGAAGGGAUCGCCAACGAGCCUUCGUCCUAUGAACAUGCGAUGAUGCACCUCAGUUAUUAUGUAACAUAUUACCUUUGCAAAUGUGGAAGAUAGAUGGCGCCAACUGUUUCUCAGAAGCCAUUCGAGUUCAAGAUGUCCGUCGCACUUUACAUGAAUAAACUCAUUGUUUUUACAAUAAACAAAU